AUGGCGUCACUGUCCAGGCGGCGUGUCGCCAUAAUCACCGGUAUCACCGGACAGGACGGGUCGUACCUUGCGGAGCUGCUCCUUAGCAAGGGAUACGAUGUGCACGGCGUCAUUCGGCGGUCUUCGUCCUUUAACACAGGCCGCAUCGACCACAUCUAUCGCAAUGAGCAUCUCACGCUCCACUACGGCGACAUGACAGACGGCACGGUGCUGCACCACCUCAUUGCGCAGCUGAGGCCCGACGAGGUGUACAACCUCGCCGCACAAUCGCACGUAAAAGUGUCCUUCGACACACCCGAGUACACGGGGCAGACGGACGGCAUUGGCACGCUGAAGAUCCUCGAGGCCAUACGCGCCAACAACCUGGUGGAGACGUGCCGCUUCUACCAGGCAAGCACCAGCGAGCUCUACGGCAAGGUGCAGGAGGUGCCGCAGACGGAGAAGACGCCCUUCCACCCGCGCAGCCCGUACGCGGUGGCGAAGCUGUACGCCUUUUGGAUCACAGUGAACUACCGUGAGUCGUACGGUAUGUUUGCGUGCAACGGCAUUCUGUUCAACCACGAGUCGCCACGACGCGGCGCGACGUUUGUGACGAAGAAGAUAGUGCGGGCUGCGGUGCGCAUCAAGAAGGGUCUGCAGAAGGAGCUGCUUCUUGGCAACGUGAAUGCCCUGCGUGACUGGGGGCACGCGAAGGACUACGUGCACGGCAUGUGGCUCAUGCUGCAGGCGGAGAAGCCUGACGACUGGGUGCUGGCGACGGGCGAGCAGCACAGCGUGAGGGAGUUCUGCAACUUGACGUUCAGGAAGCUUGGCUACGAGCUGGAGUGGUCCGGCAGCGGCGUUGAUGAGGUCGCGUACGACGUGGCGGAUUCGAAGAAAGUGCCGCUGAUUCGUGUGGAUCCGCGCUACUUCCGCCCUGCGGAGGUGGAAACGCUGCUUGGCGACGCCAGCAAGGCCGAGAGAGAACUCGGCUGGAGGACCACGUACAGCUUCGGGGAACUGGUGGAUGAAAUGGUGCAGCAGGAGAUCCGCGAUACGGAAACCGGUGCGGACGCAUGGCGAUGA